CUUUUAGGAUACGAUAGCUAACAAAAUAGUUAGCUGCAGUUAGCUAAAGCUCCCUCUAAACAGUGUGUAUGUAACAACCAGAAGUGUGUAUAACUCUCCAAAUGGGAUCUGUGGGAUUCAUAAUUUCUUGGACGCGUAUCUGUAAUCGCUAAAGGCUUUCACGGUAUAGAGAUGUAUAGCCUUAGCGCAAGACAGGGGCUAGUAUUGGGUAUGUAAUGGUAGUUAGCUAACUUAGUUUCUAUUUAACCUAGCGUUAACGUUAGCAGUAACCAUAGGACAGUACACUGUAUUGACCAACUCAUGCGAAAUGUAUUUGGAAGCAUUUUAACUUGAAAUUAUUAAAACUACCAUACGUACGUAGUGUGUAUGAUACAUUCAUUACCCAAUAUAAUGUCAGUAAAAGCAUUCUAUAUAAACUUUGCUGGAAGUUGUUUUUAAGUAUCCACAGAUAGGUUAACGAGCUAAGGUAUUCUAAAGCUGGAUAUAAGUAUGCCAAGUGACUUAUCUUUAGUCUCCACCAAAGAAUACAAAAGAUGUAAUGCCUUUAUAGGUUGCUUAGUUUGGGCGAAUUAACGACUUUGAAUGACUGAAUAGUUUAGCUGAUGAGCUAUUCACCAUGGCAAGUGCCUUAGCAGCGAAGAUGGGAUUUAACUCACUAAUGAGGAAACAAGCCAGGAACUUCAACGUCAGGAUCUGCACCAUGGAGUCAGACAUGGAGUUCAGUUGCGAGGUCAAGUGGAAGGGAAAAGACCUGUUUGAUUUGGUAUGUCGAGCUCUGGGCCUGAGGGAGACAUGGUUCUUUGGGCUCCAGUACAACAUCAAGGACACAGUUGCUUGGCUGAAGAUGGAAAAGAGGGUUCUGGAUCAGGAGGUACCAAAGGAGGAACCAAUCACCUUCCACUUCCUGGCCAAGUUUUACCCUGAAAAUGCUGAGGAGGAGCUAGUGCAAGAUAUCACACAGCAUCUCUUCUUCCUACAAGUGAAGAGGAAGAUCCUUGAGGAGGAGAUUCACUGUCCACCUGAGGCCUCUGUGCUGCUGGCCUCCUACGCUGUCCAUGCAAAGUACGGAGACUAUGACCCUAAUGUUCACAAACCUGGCUUCUUGGCUGAGGAGGAGCUGCUGCCAAAGAGGGUGAUUAACUUAUACCAGAUGACUGCAGAGAUGUGGGAGGAGAGGAUCACAGCGUGUUAUGCGGAGCACAGGGGCAGGACGAGGGAUGAAGCCGAGAUGGAGUAUUUAAAAAUAGCUCAGGACCUGGACAUGUACGGCGUCAAUUACUUUUUAAUCAGGAAUAAAAAGGGAACAGAUCUUCUUCUGGGAGUGGACGCCCUGGGUCUGCACAUCUACGAGCCGGAUAACAGGCUGACACCCAAGUGCUCCUUCCCCUGGAAUGAGAUCCGCAACAUCUCCUACAGCGACAAGGAGUUUACCAUCAAACCUCUGGACAAAAAAACCAAUGUUUUCAAGUUCAACUCUUCACGGCUGAGAGUCAACAAGUUGAUCCUUCAGCUGUGUAUAGGGAACCAUGACCUGUUUAUACGUCGGCGGCGGGUGGACUCGCUUGAAGUGCAGCAGAUGAAGGCCCAGGCCAGAGAGGAGAGGGCCAGAAAGCAGGUGGAGAGGCAGCGUCUGCAAAGGGAGAAGCAGCUACGAGAGGAGGCAGAGAGAGCCAGGGACGAGCUGGAGAGGAGGCUGAUUCAGCUGCAGGAUGAGGCUCACAUGGCCAAUGAGGCCCUGCUGCGUUCGGAGCAGACGGCGGACCUGCUGGCUGAAAAGGCCCAGAUCGCGGAGGAGGAGGCCAAGCUGCUGGCCCAGAAAGCUGCCGAGGCUGAGACAGAGAUGCAGCGCAUCAAAGUGACUGCCAUCCGUGGCCAGGAGGAGCGGCGGCUCAUGGAGCAGAAGAUGCUGGAGGCAGAGAUGCUGGCUCUCAAGAUGGCCGAGGAGUCAGAGAGGAGGGCCAAGGAGGCUGAGCAGCUGAAACAGGACCUGCAGGAAGCCAGGGAGUCGGAGCGCAGGGCAAAGCACAAGCUGCUAGAGAUUACCAGCAAGGCUGUCUAUACGUCCCCUGGACUCCCACCUGACAGCAUGCCUCCCGACCUGAGCUUCAGCAGGGAGAACCUCAGCUUUGACUUUAAAGAUACUGACAUGAAACGUCUCUCCAUGGAGAUCGAAAAAGAGAAGGUUGAGUACAUGGAGAAGAGCAAGCACCUGCAGGAGCAGCUGAAUGAGCUGAAGACAGAGAUUGAAAGUCUAAAGCUGAAAGACAGAGAGACUCCUCUGGACAUUAUUCAUAACCAGAACACAGAGCAGGGGACCAGCAAGCACAGCAACUUUAAAAAGCUAACACUACAGAGCACCAAGUCCAGAGUGGCCUUCUUUGAGGAACUUUAAACUACAUACCGGUAAAAGCCAGGAUGCACAACUGCAAAGAACCUCAUGUUUCUACAUUCCUGGUCAGUGUAAAUAACUGACAACACUAUAAGGGCUUAUAUCCCACUUCCUGUGAACCACUAUGAAACACUACAAAAAAAAAAAUGACCACUGCCCUGAUCUGCACCAACUCCAGGGGCCUCAUGUGUACACACAAACAAGGAUGUGAGCGAAAUAUUCCUGCACUAAAUCUGGGAUUCAUAAAAAACUGAGUGUGUGUUUACAGUGAGUGUGUGAAAUGCAGCACAUUCCCCUCGAAUAUUUUGAAGUGAAUUUGAGUGUGGGUUUUAUUAGUGUCAAAGAAUAAAGGUUGACAAUGCAAAAAAGGAAAAAUAAAGUAGUGUAAUAUGAUCUCUGACGGCUCCCGUUCCACUGUGGGUUUAAUGAGACAGUAUUCAUGGAGUUUAGAAUGAAUUACAUCAUGUCCAAAUGGGGUGACCUACAUUAGCUGAUUGCCUAACUGUUUUGAAAUUCAGACAGAAACAAACCACUAAGGGAUAAAGUUGAACAAGAGAAUGAAUGAUCAAAUGGCUGAUGUGUCACCCAUACCCUGACCCAAAUAAUUGAUAUAGUCAUAUACAUGUAUGUUAGACUUCCUUCUGUUUAAACACUAUUCAUUUUAUUCAUAAUGCCAACAAAUUCCUCCAUAUAAUAUAUUCUUUCUUUGCUUAAUAACUUCAUGUUGCCUUAGUUUUCUUGAUUCAGUGUAAUGGUUAAAUAAAAAAAAUGAAUGUUCAAGCAGAAAAUACAGGGCAUUUCUCUGCCAUACAUUUAAAGAGCCAUUUAUUGCUAAUAGUGGGAGUUGAUGGACUGUGGUGGAUAUUAAAGUUGUUCUCAACACGAAAAUCCACUUCUGUGAUUUACAUCAAAGAAUUAGCCUCACUUGUGUUGUGGGAGCAGUGUUUUUUUUUUUUUUUUGUCUCAGAAUCUGUGUCCAUGUUUGUGCCUUUAUGCAACUUUUUUGUGGUGAAUGUAGACACAGUGUUAUAACAUGAAGCCCUAGGACUUAUGUUUACAUCUUGUACAUACAGAGAAGUCAUGUUACAUCUCUCUGGCUGCCUCCAGGAGUUGAUUAGGGUGUCCUUAAAGCAAGGCACCGAGUGCACUAUGCUCUGCUCUUGAAAAUGAAGAGAUGAUCAUUUGUACUAGGUGGUUCUUAGAAUCUGAACUGGAUGAAGGAACUGUGAUUUUUAGAUGUGAGCUUCUGUCACAUCUAUCAUCUAUCUCAGUUUUUUUCUUUUUUUUUGUGAAGACAACCACUUUUUCAAAACAUGAAUUUGCAUCUAUUUUGAAUUAAUGUGUCUUUUUGAAUUAAUGUUCUCUUUCCCUCUGAAAGCAAUUUAUUUUGGUGAAUUAUAAUGUGAAGAAAAUAUUUUUUUUCUUCCUCCUGUCUGCAUUUAACAAGGAUAGAAGGCAGUAUUUAAAAUGAAACUUGUGGUGAAGUUACAGUACCUAUAUUUCUAGAUAUACAUUGUAACUGAUAUGUAUGUUUUUCCUGUAAAAUAAAUGAAUAUCAGGUCUCA